GCCAACCAAGGAGGAGGCAUCUAGGGCACCCUGCACUGCAAAGCCAAGGGACAGGCUGCAGGGGGACAGGACCUGGACACCAAGCCUCUGGACACCUUCAUCUGGGAUUGCAGGGGCCACUGCUGACCCUCAAACACCCGAACAAAAAAAGAGAAAGCACAAACAACAAAGUGUCCAGGAGAGGAGCAAAGGAUAGCCACCAACUGCGGAGCAGCCCUAUAGAUAGUGGAAGGAGGCACUGGGGGCACCUCUGGGAUGGGGGACCACUGGAUGUGACAUGGUGCACCUACCUCUUGUUGGACCCAUCAUUGUGCCUAGUGAUCUGUAACCUUCAGCUCCAGCCUGAUCCUGGGAAGGCAAAUUCGCCGUUACGGCCAAUACAAUGCCAGACUCCCCGGCUGAUGUGAAGACCCAGACAAGGACCAGUCCGCCCAACAUGCCCCCUCCCUCACCUGCCCUGAGCCAGGGGGCCAACCGCAAUUCCUCCUUCACCCCAAGCACAAUGAUGAACGGGAGCAGCCACUCUCCCACCGCCAUCAACGGAGCACCCUCUACCCCCAAUGGUUUCAGUAAUGGACCCUCAGCGUCGUCGUCUGCCGCAUUAACCAAUCAGCAGUUACCCCCGGCCUGCGGGGCACGUCAGCUGAGCAAACUCAAGCGCUUCUUGACUACUUUACAGCAGUUUGGCAACGAUAUAUCUCCAGAGAUCGGGGAACGAGUGCGUGCGCUGGUGCUCGGGCUUGUGAAUUCCACACUUACUAUUGAAGAGUUUCACUCGAAGCUACAAGAAGCCACCAACUUUCCUCUCCGUCCAUUUGUCAUCCCCUUCCUUAAGGCUAACCUCCCGUUACUGCAGCGGGAGCUUCUCCAUUGUGCUCGCCUGGCGAAGCAAAGUCCUGCCCAGUAUUUAGCACAACAUGAACAGCUCCUCCUUGACACCAGCGUCAGCAGCUCCCCGAGCGAUUCUUCCGAGAUCUUACUGGAAGUGAAUGAGAACGGUAAAAGGAGGACACCUGACAGGACCAAAGAGAGUGCGCAGGAAGGUCUCCAUCCGGAUCACCUCCCCAAGCGUCCAUGCACCACAAGUCCAGCACAAAGAUACAGUCCCAGUAAUGGGCUCCUUCACCCACCUACCAAUGGUCUCCCGCACCCCACUCCCCCACCUACCCAACACUAUCGCUUAGAGGAUAUGGUGCUAGCCCACCACUACCGACAUACAGAUCCACGGGAGAUGAGAGAACGUCACCGACAGGCAGCCGUGCACGAGGUAAUAGACCAUAGGCUGACGGAACGCGAGUGGGCAGAGGAAUGGAAGCAUCUCAACAACCUGUUAAACUGCAUAAUGGAUAUGGUGGAAAAAACACGACGUUCCCUCACCGUCCUCCGCCGAUGCCAAGAAGCAGACAGAGAAGAGCUUAACCACUGGAUACGCCGCUACAGUGAUGCAGAGGACUUGAAAAAGAAUGUCAGCUCUGUGCCCCAGCCGGGGAGACACCUCAACAGUUCCUCUAGCACCGAGUCUUCUCCAGCAGAACCAACACGGGAAUUCCUACAUAGGCCACCACCCGGAUAUAUGCCAGAAGAGAUCUGGAGGAAGGCAGAGGAGGCGGUGAACGAAGUCAAACGCCAGGCCAUGUCGGAGUUGCAGAAAGCUGUGUCCGAAGCGGAACGCAAGGCUCACGACCUCAUCACUUCAGAGAGAGCCAAAAUGGAGCGAGCAUUGGCGGAAGCAAAACGGCAAGCAUCAGAGGAUGCCGUGUCCGUCAUCAAUCAGCAGGAAGACUCAAGUGAGAGCUGUUGGAAUUGCGGCCGGAAAGCGAGUGAGACUUGCAGCGGCUGCAACACGGCACGAUAUUGUGGUUCCUUCUGCCAACACAAAGACUGGGAGAAGCACCAUCAUGUCUGCGGCCAGACCCUGCACCACCCACCCAGUGUACAGCCAGCACCCACCACCCCAGCCACACCUGCUGCCAGUCCCACCGCAAGCAGUUCAGCCUCUCGCUCUGGGACCCCUGCCACACCUCUCCUGCUGGAUACCGCUUCUCGCUAAUGGGUACAACAGGCAUUCAGCAUCAGCAAACACAAACCAGUCACAUGGCUGGCUGCACCCGACAGGAGCACCAAGGGGUUCUUGUCAAAUUCCGUGAAAAUAUCACAGCCCCCUCUUGCCUGUGGGUGGGUUAGGAUCUAUGACACUGUGGUAUGGAAUUAACUGUAGAAAAGCCCUCACCCCUUCUUGUUUUUUUCUGGAGCUUAAAACCCCUUUUAAAGGGGGCAGACUUAGAACACUAUGGGGUGCGGGAAGUAUUUUACCUAAAACUACACUCAAAUCUUUGGCUUUAAACCUAAUUGAAAUCCAAAAAGAAAAAGAAAAAAAAAAAACAUAUACAAAUGAAACUACCUUGCUAGACAGCCAAGAAAUGUCAGACACCAAGAACACCUCUUUUAAAAAAAGAAAUCCCAAAAAUGAAACC